AUGGUGAAUCCUUCAAUGAAUGUGCCCUCAGAAGAGCAGCCACCACCCACCCCGAACCCUAUCCAAAUAACUGACCCUCUUGUGCCAGUGCAGCAGCCACAAAGCCAGUCGCCAGAGCUUGUUCAAUCUCCAGGCAGGAACCCCCCAUCGGCAAGAAAGCGGCCAGCCAUUUACCGCGGUGUACGAAGCAGGAGCGGCAAGUGGGUGUCCGAGAUAAGGGAGCCCCGUAAAACGACGCGUAUAUGGCUCGGGACGUACCCUACACCCGAAAUGGCAGCCGCCGCGUAUGAUGUGGCUGCUAUUGCCCUAAAAGGUCCCGACACCAAUCUCAACUUCCCCGAUAUGGUUCUUUCGUAUCCCCAAGUGGCUUCUACGUCCCCAACCGAUAUUAGGGAAGUGGCUGCGCUUGCCGCCGCUGCCAGGUCACCCAACCGAUAUAGUAAUACCGGCCGCACAUCAAAAGACGAGGGCAAGCCAGAAAACGAGGGUACCACGUCAGGUCCUAGUAUGCAGCCUUCUGGUUCAUGUCAGGAAUAUAUUGACGAGGAUGAGCUCUUAAACUUCCCCAAUUUGGUGGUGGAUAUGGCAGGAGGAAUGCUUGUAAGCCCUCCCAGCUGGAUAAACUCACCACCUUCUGAUGAUUCAUCAAAUAAUUCACAUGUAGAAAGCCUAUGGACUUACCCUUAAACUGAUAUUUCUACAUAAAGUGUUUGUUUUCUCU